GAAAACACCCUACGUUACUUUACUGUCGUGCCACCUGCAUAUAAGACGAGUUGACAUCUAUUAGUCGCUAAAAAUCCGCCUGUCACUCGAUACAGCUUCUUAGUAGCAUUGCACUGUUCUGAGGAAAAGACAGUUUUACAGGGACGGUACUUUUCAGUCACAUCGAAAGCCGAGACCACAGUAAUCAAUAGAACGAUGAGGUUACAUCGUGGUUCAAGUCUCCUAACGUUUAUUUUCUUUCUUUUUAUCUUGACCAUUACUUUCUCCAUGCCCCACUAUAGCUUUAGGGAUAAAAGAAGUGGGAUAUCAGAUCAACGAUUGGCCGAACUUGAAACUCUUAUUAACCUCGCUAAACAGAAAAAUCGCGGAAGACCGCCUAUUGCAUUCGGAGUAAUUGAUCCUCUGAAAGUGGGAAAACGGAAGCGUUCUAAUGACGUCACGGAAAUGGAUGAUUUGCGCGAACUUUUCGACGAUCCUUUAAAAGAAAAGGAAUACGCCGAAAAUGCUCGAUUCUGGGACUUAAUGACGGAUUUGAGGAGAUAUACAAAUUAAAAUAAUGAUUGAAUAAGACCAACUAUAUUCUUCAGUGCUGUUUAUGUUUAUACAAUAUCUGUAUGUCCUUUUUUAUUUUAAAAUAAUUUAUCAACAGUGUAACUAUAUUUUCUUAGGUAUGGCUUAUUUAUGUAGAAUUAUAAAUUAAUUAUAUAUACAUAUACAUACAUACACACAGACACACACACCUACACAAAUAUAUAUAUACAUAUAUAUACUGUAUAUGUAGUAAUAAAUGUUUA